UCGGGGGCUACCUCUGCCCCGGCCGUGGAAGAUGGUGUUCGAGUCGGUGGUCGUGGACGUGUUGAACCGGUUUUUAGGGGAUUAUGUGGUGGACCUGGACACUUCCCAGCUGACGCUGGGCAUCUGGGGAGGAGCUGUAGCCCUUAAGAAUCUUGAAAUUAAAGAAAAUGCAUUGAGUGAACUGGAUGUACCAUUUAAAGUCAAAGCUGGACAUAUAGGCAAACUUGAUCUUGUGAUUCCGUGGACAAACCUUUACACUCAGCCAGUUGAGGCAGUAUUGGAUGGAAUUUACUUACUUGUAGUGCCUUCAACCACUUUGAAAUAUGAUGCAGAAAAAGAAGAGAAAUCUCUCUUAGAUAUGAAACUGAGUGAACUAAAGAGAAUAGAAGAUGCAAAACAGAAAAUGGCAAAUAAAGAAAAUCCACAACAAGAGAAACAGGAUACUUUUUCAGAAAAGCUAAUCGCACAGAUAAUAAAAAAUCUUCAGUUAAAAAUUUCUAACAUCCAUGUCCGAUAUGAAGAUGAUGUUACAAAUCGAAAAAACCCAUUGUCAUGUGGGAUAUCUCUUCAGAAUUUCAGCAUGGAGACAACUGAUCAAGAUUGGAAGCCAUGUGUACAUGAUGCAGCCGAGAAUGUGUUCUGUAAGCUAAUACGUUUAGAUAACCUUUUUGGCUAUUGGAAUGUGACUUCUAAGAUGUUUCACAAGCAUAGCGAUUAUAAGAAAUCUUUGGAAAGCUUAAAGUAUGGAGUUGUCCAUGAAGACAUUAUCCCUGAAGGUUAUGAUUUUGUAUUCCGUCCCAUAUCAGCUCAAGCCAAACUCCGCAUGAAUCGCCGAGCAGAUUUAGAUUUUUCUGCACCAAAAAUGGAUUUGGAUUUUAGGCUACAAGAUAUAGGCAUUGAAUUGAAUAAAUUACAGUAUUUCAGCAUGAUGGAACUCCUUGAAUCAGUUGACAUGAUGACUCAAAACCUGCCAUAUAGGAAGUAUAGGCCUGAUGUAUGUGUUCACAACAAUGCCAAAAAAUGGUGGAAGUAUGCAAUAACUGGUAUUCUUAAAGUAAAUAUCCAGCCCAGGCUGCAAAUGUGGUCAUGGAAAUACAUUUGUGAACAUAGGCAAAACAUGAAGCAGUAUAAAGAGCUUUAUAAGAGAAAAAUAAGAAGUAAGAAGCCAACUGAUGAAAUUCUAAGCUCUCUGCAGCAUUUGGAAAAGGUCUUGGAUGUAUUUAACAUCAUUUUGGUAAGACAACAAGCGGAAGCUGAGGUAAAGAAAGCUGGACUCAAAAUUUAUGGAGCCUCUUCUGAGGACAAUAGAGGCUGGUUUGCUUGGAUGUGGAGUUGGUCAGAGUCAAACAGUGUUGAGCAAGCAGAUGCUAAACCUGCAAGCCUUGAAGAAUAUAUGACAUCUGAAGAGAAGGCUAAACUCUAUGAAGCAAUUGGUUAUAGUGAAACCGCUGUUGACCCAACAUUGCCCAAAACAUAUGAAGCCCAAAAAUUUUCUCUACGCUUGGAAAGCAUGCAUAUUUCCUUAAGGGAAAACCGGAAAAGAUCUGAGUUGGUACUUAUUUCCUUAGGAGAAUUCAGCACCUUGAUCGUACAGCGACCAGGAGCACAAGCAAUAAAAUUUGAAUGCAAAAUAGACUCAUUUCAUAUUACUGGUUCAUCCAAUUAUGAUUCAAAACCUUGUCUCCUUUCUCCAUUGGAUGAUUGUUCUUCACUUUUCAAAAUUAUGUUUGAGACCAAUCCAUUAGAUGGAUCUGCUACUCAGAGAUGUGUUGUAGAAGCUGAGCCCUUGGAAAUCAUAUAUGAUGCAAAAACGGUGAACGGUAUAGUAGAAUUCUUUCGUCCCCCAAAAGAAGUUCGUUUGGCACAGUUAACUACAGCAACUUUGAUGAAACUGGAAGAAUUUCGUGAGAAGACAUCGACAGGUUUAUUGUAUGUUAUUGAAACACAGAAAAUUCUUGACCUCAAAAUUAAUGUGAAAGCUUCAUACAUUAUUGUCCCACAAAAUGGAUUUUAUACUGCCACAUCAAAUAUACUUCUCUUGGAUCUUGGUCAUCUAAAGGUGUCAAGCAGGAAUCGUUCUGAGUUACCACAAAUUGAAAUAAACCAGACUAAUAUUGAAGAGAUUAUAUCUAGAGCUUAUGACAAUUUUGAUAUUCAGCUUAGUAGCAUACAGCUACUUUUUAGCACAUCUGGUGAUGAUUGGAAAGAAGCUCGAAAACUCAAGUGUUCUCAUCAGCAUAUCUUGGAGCCGCUGCAUUUUAAUGUGGAAUUGUCCAAGUCCAUGGUUGUCACAGAUAUAAGAAUGCCUAAAUUCAAAGUUUUUGGACAUCUGCCUCUACUUUCUUUGCAAGUUUCAGACCAAAAAUUAAAAGGGAUUUUGGAAUUAAUUAAAAGCAUUCCAAGGCCACAAAGUGGAACCGAUGUAUCUGGCCCUCCAAGAGUUUCUCUGGUUCGUGUAUCUUCUUCUUUUGGAACACCACAGAUUUCACAGAGGCUGCUUCCUCUCUUGGAACUUCAAUCUAUUAUGGAAGAUGAAUCUGAAGAGGAAUUUUUUGAUGCUCCUUGUAGUCCACUAGAAGAAAUUCCUCAUGUGCCAAUUCCUACUAGUUCCAGUGUUCGACAAAGAAGGUCUCAGAAACAAGUGCCUACAAACUUGAUUGAUUUUAUAAUGAAAUUUGAGAUACCUGAGGUUUUAAUUCAAUGUUAUCGCCUUAUUGAAAAUUUGGAGAAGCCUAUGGUGGAACUAGAUAUUCUAGGAUUAGGCACAGAGAUUCAAUUAAGAAGAUUUGACAUGAGAGCAAGUGCCUACCUGAAGGAAAUUUGUUUAAAAUGUCCGGAGUACCAGGAUGAAAAGGGUAAACCAGUAUAUAUUGUCACAACCCUGGAUAAUACAGUAGAAGAUCUGCUAACCCUGGAAUAUAUUAAUGCUGAUUCACAUGGACCACACCUUAAAACUGCCUAUAAGAAUGUUUUACAGCUGUUAAAGGUAAAUUUUUCCUCUUUGGAUAUUCAUUUGCAUACUGAAGCACUUUUGAGUAUUAUGAAUUUUAUAAAUAAUCUCCUUCCUGGAAAAGAAGUAAAAUCACCCUCAGAAAGUCAUAUUGUGGAAACUGAAGACAAGGGAGAAAUAAUUAAGAAAUUAUCUUCCAAGAUAUAUAAGACUGAAGAGGUAAUUACCCUAAAGGUCGUUGCUGAGCUGUCUUGCUUAUAUAUCUAUAUUGAAGACCAAAGAUACAGAAUUGCUGAAAUUACAAUUGAAGGGCUUGAUUCACAGGUGGUAAUGAGAAACACCAUAACCGAAGUAAAUGUCAACUUGAAAAAUAUAAUUAUUUUAGAUCCUGAUGAAAUGGCCUUAUAUAAAAAGGUUCUUUAUAUAACUGGAAAAGAAGUCUUCAGUUUCAAAAUGGUCUCUUAUCUGGGUGCUACUGCUGGUGCUGAAUAUAUGAAUAUGAAUGUAGUUGACAGUGAGGUUACUUUAACUGUUGGCUGCAUCGAAGUUGUUUUUAUAAUGAGAUUUUUAUAUUCUGUAAUGGCUUUUAUAAACAACUUUCAAAGAGCAAAAGAAGCUUUGACUGAAGCAACUGUUCAAGCAACAGGUAUAGCUGGUGGUGUAAAAGAAUUGGCAAAAAGGAGUUCUCGAAUGGCAUUGGAUAUUCAUAUCAAAGCACCAGUUGUAGUAAUCCCACAGUCAUCAGCAUCUGAAAAUGUCUUAGUUGCUGAUUUUGGACUAAUAACAAUGAAGAACCAGUUCUACAUGGUGUCAAAAAGCCAUUUUAAUCCUCCACCUGUUAUUGAUGAUAUAACAGUAAAGCUGAGUGAGAUGAAACUCUACAGGUCUCAGUUUGUUGAAGGCCAAUUUCCUGAAGUACUAGAUAUAAUGCAACCAAUAAAUCUUGAGGUUAAUGUUCAGCGAAAUUUAUCCUGGGAAUGGUACCGAGAAAUUCCUGCUAUAAACCUGGAUGCUAAGCUUAAACCAAUGGAGCUUAUUCUAAGUCAAGAAGACUUAACUAUGAUAGUUAAAAUGUUGUAUGAAAAUAUAUGGAUCGAAGAUACUCAUCCUUCACUACCUCCAGUCGUGGAAGAGUCUAGUAUUGUUAGUGAUCUAACGACUCAUCGCCUUUCGGGAGGGACAACUUUAGUGACAGCAGCAGUGGUGGAAAUGCACUCACCUGUACCACGUAUUAAGACUACAUUAAACCUCAAUUUCAGAACUGACUAUGUGACUUUAACUCUGUACGGCCCGGAUCCUAAAAAUACUUCCUUCGUAGAUGUUCGGGAUCCUCUUUUGAAACUUGCAGAGUUUAAAUUGGAACAGAUUUUAAGUGUUGGGAAAAUGUUUACAGAUGACUCAGUGUUUUUUUCAUUCUCCUUGAAACACUGUAUAUUAGAAGAUAAACAGAGCCAUAUCCGGAAGGCAACUCCACAAAUGAUUGGACUUACAGUUGGCUUUGAAAGAAAGGAUAUGAUGGAUUUAAGAUACAAAAGAAAUAAAGAUGGUAUUGUAAUCGAUGUAAUUUUACAAGAGUUGUAUCUCUGUGCAAGUAUACAAUUCCUGAAGGCAGUUGCAGAUGUCUUUCUUACAGCCUAUUACAGUGGUAUUGUUAUAGAGACCACUACUGUUCAACCAUGGUCCUCAAAAGAAGUACAAUUCUAUCUGGAAGAGAAAUGGGAAAUGAAUACUUUGAUUAAAAAUCCUGAAAUUGUAUUUGUGGCUGAUCUGUCAAGACAUGAUGCGCCAUCAUUAGUACUUACAACACAGUGUGAAAUCUGUUGGAACUGGACACCUCUUUCAGAAACAAUAACUGCUGCAAUUAAAGAUCUCCAAGUGAAAGCAUGUCCGUUUCUUCCAGGAAAGAGAGAAGGCAAAGUCACUACGGUUUUACAGCCAUGUGACUUGUUUUAUCAAAGUGUUCAGACAGGUGCAGAUCCACAGAUGGUUGACGUAUCAGUAAAAGCCCUGACACUCAAGAUUUCACCUAUUAUCAUAAAUACCGUAAUUACUAUUAUGUCAACAUUUUAUAAAACCGUAGAAGUUAAGCAUCGAGAAUCAUUUCCCUCUCAGCCAGAUUUAUGGGACAAAAUGGAUACAAAGAAGCUGAAAAUGUGGUUUCUUGAAGAUUCAAGUGAUAAUGAAAAAGUGGCUGGUGUGACAGAAUUGGUUCCCAGUGGAGAGAUGAUAAAAAUGACUAUUGACUCGAUUUUUGUAGUUCUCGAAGCUGGGAUUGGUCACAGAACAGUACCAAUGCUCUUGGCUAAGUCAUAUUUUUCAGGAGAAGGCAAAAACUGGAGUACUCUAAUAAAUCUUCACUGUCAUCUUGAGUUAGAAGUACAUUACUACAAUGAAAUGUUUGGUGUAUGGGAACCUUUACUUGAACCUUUAGAAAUUGAUCAGACUGAAGAUUUUAGACCAUGGAAUCUUGGAAUAAAGAUUAAAAAGAAAGCAAGGAAGGCCUUGGUUGAAUCUGAAAUUGAGGAGGAAAACUACAAAGUGCCAGAGUACAAAACAGUAAUCAGUUUCUAUUCAAAAGACCAGUUGAACAUUACAUUAUCGAAAUGCGGCCUUGUAAUGUUGAAUAAUUUAGGAAAGGCAUUUGCAGAAGCUGCUGUUCAAACUUCAGAUGUCUUCACAAAGGAUCAGGCACCGUUUAUGAUUUUCAAUUCUCUCGGAAUUACCAUCACAGUGUCAAUGAGUGAUUCCUUUUGUGUUCUUAAUGUUCCUGUGGCAAAAACAUAUGAAUUAAAAAAUGAGCAGAGUUUAAGUAUGGAUUACGUCAGAAGUCAUGAUGGUGACCAGUUUAGUGCAAUGACCAGCCUAAGCAGCAAACUUUUUUUCAUUCUACUCACACCUGAAAACCAUUCUACUGCUGAUAAGAUUCCUUUAACAAAAGUGGGUCGAUGUCUGUAUACUGUUAGACACAGAGAGUCUGGUGUUGAAAGAUCUAUUGUUUGUCAAAUUGAUACAGUUGAAGGAAGUAAGAAGGUUACAGUCCGAUCCCCAGUACAGAUGCGAAAUCAUUUCUUAAUUCCAUUGAAUAUUUAUGAAGGCGACACAUUGCUGGGAACUGCUUUACCAGAAAAUGAGUUCAACGUACCAUUGACAUCUUAUCGAUCAGCGCUUUUUUUGAAACCAGAUGGUGAAGAAUAUGAACCAUGUGAUGCAAUCAACUUUGAAGAAAUUAUAAAACAUGAGGGACUCCUUCUAGAAAAAAGAUGUAAAGCUUUAUACUCUGCUAAGAAAGCAUUUAUCAUUAAUAUUGUACCUGAAAAAGAUAAACUGACAUCAAUGUCAGCGUAUUCAGAUGAUGGAUGGGAUUUACCAUACAUAAUUCAUCUAUGGCCUCCUGUUCUUCUCCGCAAUUUUCUUCCUUACAAAAUUGCUUAUUAUCUAGAGGGAAAUGAACUUAGAGUUUUCACUCUAACAGAGGGUUGUUCAACACAGAUUUACACUGCAGAGUUGGAUAACACUAGACUACAUUUAAAGUUAAUUGACUAUCUUGACCAAGAUUGGAAAAGUGAAUAUCAAAUAAGAUCUAAUCAACAUGAUAUUGGUUUUAUUAAUUUCAUUUGUGUCACUGAGACAGAGAAGACAGAAUUAGUUAUUGCCAUUCAUUUGACUUACACUACUGGCCAGGCAAUUGUAGCAUUUCACAGCCCAUAUUGGAUGGUGAAUAAAACUGGUCGGAUGCUGCAGUACAAGGCAGAUGGGAUCCAUCGAAAGCAUCCUCCUGAUUACAAAAAGCCAGUACUCUUUUCUUUCCAGCCUAAACACUUUUUUAAUAAUAACAAGGUUCAACUUAUGGUGACUGACAGUGAAUUAUCAGACCAGUUUUCAAUUGAUACUGUAGGUAGUCAUGGAGCCAUUAAAUGUAAAGGCAUGACAAUGGACUAUCAAGUUGGAGUGACCAUAGACUUGAGUAGUUUUAACCUUACAAGAAUUGUAACAUUCACUCCCUUUUAUAUCAUAAAUAACAAAAGUAGAUAUAACGUAAAGGUAUCAGAAGAGGGAAAUGAAAAAUGGGUUUCUCUUGAUUUGGAGCAGUGUAUCCCCUUUUGGCCUGAAACAACUUCUAAUAAACUGCUGAUUCAAGUUGAAAACAGUGAAGAUCCUCCAAAGAAGAUUUAUUUGAACAAACAAGAAAAUUGUAUUUUAUUGAAUUUAGGCAACAAACUUGGAGGACUUAUAGUGCAAGUUCACAUGGCUGAGCACUCUGUAAUUAUUACAUUUAUGGAUUAUCAUGAUGGAUCUGCUACAUUCCUUUUAAUAAAUCACACCAAGGAUGAGAUUGUUGAAUAUAAGCAAAGUUGUCUCACUGAAAUGGAAGACAUGCUCCCACCUGGUAAAGCAGUUUUGUAUACUUGGACUGAUCCCAUAGGCUCUAGAAAACUCACCUGGAAAUGUGGAAAAAGCCGCGGUGAAGUAACACAGAAAGAUGACAUGAUGACACCAAUAAAUUUGGGUGGGAAAAAGACCAUUUAUUUAGUUUCAUUCUUUGAAGGCUUGCAACGCAUUAUUUUAUUCACUGAAGAUCCCAAAGUAUUUAAAGUGACAUAUGAAAGUGAAAAAGCAGAGUUGGCAGAGCAAGAAAUUGUGCUGUCAUUGCAAGAUGUUGGAAUUUCAUUGGUUAAUAAUUAUACAAAACAAGAAGUAGCCUAUAUUGGCAUCACAAGCUCGGAUGUAGUUUGGGAGACAAAACCAAAGAAGAAAGCAAGAUGGAGACCAUUGAGUGUCAAACAAACUGAAAAAUUAGAGAGAGAAUUUAAAGAAUACAUUGAGAUUUCGCCUUCAGAAGAUAAGAUUAUAGAGUUGGAAUCUAAUGUUUCGGUUUAUUUAACACCUAGUGGUAGUAACAUGAAAAUUCUACAACCACAUGUAAUACCUGUACGAAGAAAUUACCUGCCAGCAGUAAAAUUAGAAUAUAGCACAUCUACACAUCAGACAUCUUUCAGAGUCCAAAUUUAUAGGAUACAGAUACAAAAUCAAAUUCAAGGAGCUAUAUUUCCCUUUGUAUUUUAUCCCAUUAAACCUCCCAAGUCAGUCACCAUGGAUUCAGCACCAAAGCCAUUUACAGAUGUAAGUAUUGUGAUGAGAUCUGCAGGACAUUCACAAAUAUCACGUAUUAAGUAUUUUAAAGUGUUGAUACAAGAAAUGGACCUCAGAUUAGAUCUUGGAUUUCUUUAUGCUCUGGCAGAUCUCGUGGCAGCAGCUGAGGUGACUGAAAAACAUGAGGUUGAACUUUUCCAUAAGGAUAUUGAAUAUUUUGAAGAAGGAUUUAAGACAGACUCAUUAACAGAUAUAACACAAGUCAGCCUGUAUGAAUAUUUUCAUAUUUCUCCUAUCAAGUUGCACUUGAGUGUUUCACUGAGUUCGGGUAGAGAUGAUGGUAAAGAUACAGCACAACAAGGAGGACUGAUUCCAGUUCAUUCAAUAAAUCUCUUGCUGAAGAGUAUUGGUGCCACUCUUACAGAUGUUCAAGAUGUAGUAUUUAAGCUGGCGUUUUUUGAACUUAACUAUCAGUUCCAUACGACAACUGAACUACAGUCUGAAGUCAUAAGGCAUUAUUCAAAACAGGCCAUUAAGCAAAUGUAUGUUCUUAUUCUCGGACUUGAAGUUUUAGGAAAUCCAUUUGGCUUAAUUCGAGAAUUUUCUGAAGGAGUAGAAGCAUUUUUCUAUGAACCAUAUCAUGGAGCCAUCCAGGGUCCUGAAGAAUUUGUAGAGGGCAUGGCAUUAGGACUUAAAGCACUAGUUGGAGGAGCUGUUGGUGGACUGGCAGGUGCUGCCUCUAAAAUAACUAAUGCUAUGGCUAAAGGUGUAGCAGCCAUGACUAUGGAUGAAGAUUACCAGCAGAAGAGAAGAGAGGCCAUGAAUAAACAACCUGCGGGUCUUAGAGAAGGCAUCACACGUGGAGGAAAAGGCUUAGUUUCUGGUUUUGUAAGUGGGAUAACAGGAAUAGUGACUAAGCCAAUCAAAGGAGCCCAAAAAGAAGGAGCAGCAGGGUUCUUUAAGGGUGUUGGGAAAGGAUUAGUUGGAGCAGUGGCAAGGCCAACAGGAGGAAUUAUCGAUAUGGCUAGUAGCACCUUUCAGGGAAUUAAAAGAGCUACUGAGACUUCUGAUGAAGUGGAGAGUCUUCGUCCCCCAAGAUUUUUUAAUGAAGAUGGGGUUAUUAGACCGUACAGAUUGAGGGAUGGAACUGGAAAUCAGAUGUUACAGGUGAUAGAAAAUGGAAGAUUUGCCAAAAACAAGUAUAUUACACAUGUUAUGGUCAAUAAAACAGAUUUCUUGAUGAUAACCACAAGUGGCGUGUUGUUUGUGACAAAAGGGACCUUUGGGCAGCUGACCUGCGAGUGGCAAUACAAUUUCGAUGAAUUUACCAAAGAGCCAUUUAUCAUUCAUGGAAGAAGACUACGUAUCGAGGCCAAGGAACGCGUAAAGUCUGUAUUCCAUGCCAAAGAGUUUGGGAAAAUAGUUAAUUUUAAGACUGCAGAAGAUGCCCAGUGGGUCCUUUCAAAGCUGGAAGAAGUGAGAGAGAUUUCACCAAGAUUCUAACUGAUGGAAGGAGCUGGCUGAAGACAUCAGAGAUGAAACAGAAUAUAACUUAUAGCUGUUAUCUUCUAGUGCCUGAUUAUCAAAAUUAAUUUGGGGAGUCAGGUAUAAAAUUAUAUUCAAGCGCUCUGUGUUUAACGGUUGUAGUCCAGUUUCAUUGAGGAAUCAGUUGGAAUUGGGUAAAAAAAUACAAUCAAAAUAUUUCACCCAUUCAGGGAUGAUUAGAUUUUUAACUUAAAGCAGGCAUCUGGUUAAAAUUCUUUUAAUACAUUUUUAAAAGAAGAUCCUUUUUUUUUCCUGAGGGAACUUUAAUACUGGCUGCAGAAGUGUAUUUCACAGCGAUAAAGGACUUGCCCUAAGUUAAUUCCACUCAGAGCUAAAGUACAGUUUUUUUGGCGGGGGCUCGUGUUCUGAAGUUUACCGUUCUUAACUUACACACUUAUCAACUCAAAAUAGUCUGAGUGAGCAGUGGGUGGACUGAUUUAAUCAAAUAUCAUUCCAGUAGUAUUACAAGACCUUAAAUGGUAGUCUAAUCAGAAAGGUGAAACUCAACAGUGUAAUCUUUGAAAUUCUUUUUAUGGAUAAAUAUUUCGGAAGUAUUUUAUUUUUUAUAUUAAGAAUAGGUUCAAAUUAUUCUUCAAACGUGCAAGUAUUUGGAGUUACCUUUUUAUGCACUAUGGUAUAAAUUAUUAAAAAAUCCACUGAUGCCUUGCCUUAAGAGAGACAAUAUGUUGUUGAAGAAAUAGUUAUCAUGCUCAGGAAAAUCUCUUUGAGAGUAAAAAUAAAGAAAUACCUCCUCAAGCCAAGUCCCUGGGGACAAUAUUGUGCAUUUGAUUUAUAUAUUUGAUGCUUUUAGUGGAACUCUAACCUUAAAGAAAACUUUCUGAAGCCUUCCAAAUGUAGAUUCUUCCUGACUUCCUCCAGAGACCAGGACCACACCAUAAAUUUAAAUUCCUCACAAGAAUUCAUAUCCCAAGGAAUUGUAUAGAAGAACUCACGGUCUUAUUGGGAAUCAUGGUAACCUAAAAUGAGACCCAGUACCAAGAUGAGAGUGCCAGAGACUCAAGAACUUCAGGUUCACUUUUAUAAGCUUGUGAUUCAGGUGUAAAGCUCAUCCCAACAAAAAUCAUUGGCUGCACUUGAGUGGAAAGGAGGCUGCAGGUGUCUUUUGGUUUCCGUUCUCUAUAUAGAAAUCCUUUUUUUUUUCUUUUGUAGAGAAUGAUGAAUGACUAUAUGAUAACUGUAUUUUCUAUUUAAUUGUUGGAUAGUAUGGAAUAUCUGAUGCAUGUUGUGUAACUGCUGCCAAAAAAUUCUUUCCAAACUGUUUUUGAAAUUUUGGAAUGUGUAUAAGUUACUGGCUUUGAAAUUCUGUGAUCUGUUCAGACCCUUGCUUUGUUGUAAAAGCUACAGUAAACAGCAUGCCAAACCA